AUAGCUAGUCUGGUCAGGCUGCAUCCACUCAGAACUUCAUUAACGCUACAGUAAAGAAGAAAGAAAUAAGGCACAAUGUCGGAUCAGUCGCCUUUUGAUACUGACGUCCAAACGAUCACCCGGUUUGUCAUGGAACAGGGAAGGAAAGCAAAAGGGACAGGGGAAUUCACGCAGCUUUUAAAUUCUUUGUUAACUGCAAUCAAGGCCAUCUCCUGUGCUGUGCGAAAAGCAGGUCUUGCCCAUUUGUAUGGAAUUGCAGGGACUGUGAAUGUGACGGGGGAUGAAGUCAAGAAAUUGGACGUUCUGUCAAAUGACCUCAUCAUUAAUCUGCUGAAAUCAUCCUAUAGUACUUCCGUGUUAGUGACAGAGGAGAACAAAGAAGCUAUAAUUGUGGAACCUGAGAGAAGAGGUAAAUAUGUGGUCUGCUUUGAUCCAUUGGAUGGCUCUUCUAAUAUUGAUUGCUUGGUAUCUAUUGGAACUAUUUUUGGCAUUUACAGGAACGACUCUGGAGAGCAGCCUACUGAAAAUCUUGCUCUUCAACCUGGACGAACAAUGGUGGCCGCUGGAUAUGCACUGUAUGGCAGUGCUACUCUAGUAGCGCUCUCUACAGGACAAGGUGUUAACUUCUUCAUGUUGGAUCCAGCUGUAGGUGAGUUUAUUCUUGUGGAAAGGAACGUGAAAAUAAAGAAGAAAGGAAAAAUAUACAGUCUGAAUGAGGGUUAUGCCCAAUACUUCGAUCCUGCACUCACUGAAUAUAUACAGAAGAAAAAAUUCCCUGAGGAUGGUACUGCUCCAUACAGUUCAAGAUAUGUAGGGUCUAUGGUGGCAGAUGUUCAUCGUACAUUAAAAUAUGGAGGUAUCUUCAUGUAUCCUGCCAACAAGAAAAGCCCAAAAGGAAAGCUUCGUCUUCUGUACGAAUGCAACCCAAUGGCCUUUAUAAUGGAACAGGCUGGUGGAAAAGCCACAACAGGAACCCAGCCAGUACUUGAUGUGAAGCCAGAGUCUCUUCAUCAACGGGUUCCACUCAUAAUGGGAUCACCUGAUGAUGUUGAUGAAUUCCUUUCCUUUGUAACGAAACACGAAGCUAACGCAUGAAGUUUCAAGCUCCCUACAGAUUGCAAAACUGAUUACUUGAAACAAUAAUGACCGAUCUAUAGAUUUAAAUAAACAGGACUGUGCUCAGUACAAAAGUGUAAACUGUAUGAGAAACACAUUUGAAGUAGAUAUAAGAAUAUAUUGCUAAAUUUUCUUCCAUGCUUGACUCAAUUCUGCAUUUGGUUUUCUGAAUUCUCAGUUUUCCUGAAAGUAUAGUUUUCUUGCUGCACUUAGAAAAUUAGAGACUCUUUGGGCAGUUGUUUCUAAAAUUAUUUCACUAUUUCUUUGUGCAUUUGUUGAGUUAAAUGAGUUCAGAAUUAUGUUAAUGUUGUUCAUACGGGUGACAAUUAUCCAAAGAAACUGAGGCUUAACUUCAUUUCAAGCAGUCAGGGAAAGGGACAAGGUCAAACUAUUUAAAUGGAGAAGAAUACUGAAGAAGGUGUACAGCUGGCUACCAAUUCAUUGUCAUCUGUUUCGUUCUCCUGUUGAAGACCAAUUUCACCCUUAUGUGUAUUCAAGAUAGAAUUAUUCCAUUUCAAACAUUAAGUACCAAUUUUUACAAGUAACAAAGUAAAUCAUGAGUCUCGCCAUGUUUCACACAAACUUUCCCACUAUAUACAACAUCCAUCCAAGCACAUAUAUGACUUGAAUUGAUGAAAAUCUGUCCACGAGAACUGUUGUAACCAAGUGAAAAUGGAUGAGAUGACUACUUUACCCUAUCCUCCCACUACUUGUUUGACUGCAACAGGUUUGUGCUUUAGAAUUUAGAGAGAAUGCAUUUUACCAAUUCUAUAAAUACUCCACUAUUUUAAUUUUGAGGCUAAGAAGAAUUUCAGAUUUCCUUAGGUUAAACAAACAACAUUAUGUAUUGAACUGUUCUCCAAGCUAAAAAUGAUCAAGCAAAGCAAUACUGUUCAUACAGUCACGCAUUGUCUUAACCUGUCUCCUUCUUAGCAAAGAGCCCUUGAAGUUCUCUGCUCAGCCUAGCGAGAUUCUAUUAACUUAUGUCAACAGCUGUUAUUAUUUCCAAACAAGCAAUUGCGUUUUGAUGUUCCAUUGUAGAAACAUUUGAAAAGUUUCAGGUUGAUGUGAAUUGAUGCAAGGUGGGGUCUUUCAUGCUUCCAAGGUCUUUCAUGUUUAUUUUCAUCCUUUUUGGUAGAUUGUUGAAAUUGUGUAAUUGCAACAGUUGCCCAAUGUGCGUUAACUCUUCAAAAAACGCAAUGCUUUGUCGAGGUUUCUGUUUUACUUUAAAUCCAGCUGGGAAAAGACAGAGUUACAGAGUGACACAAGCUCUACCCUUUAUCUACAAAAUCCCUUAUUGCAAUUGCUUAAAUAUGAAAUGAAUUGUUU